AUAGCUACCUAGCCGGCGAGUAGAACGGACCGAAAAACGUUUUUGCGGUAUACCUACAAUUUACAUUAUCUGUCCCAGAAAUAAAAUCUAUUAAUAUUGUACUUAUUUAUCGUAGAUGAGUUUUAUUGUUUUACCUUUUAUAUUUUAUAGUCGGUUUUUACGAUUUAUAAAGAAAACAUGAAGUUGACGGCCGCGGUGACGUUUUCCCAGAUCUGUGCGUUGUACGUGUUACUUGGAUGCAGUCCAGCGUCGACUGCACCAUUUAUAAUAGGCGCAAUGCAAACGACCAUCAAACCAUAUUCCGAAUACAAUAAAAUCAUACCGUUUAAAUACCAUGAUGUACACGAACCGCGGGAAACUCUCGACGAGAGAAUUGAGGAGAAUGUUUCUGCAAAGACAUCGGAUACAACAACUGUUAUUGGUAUAAUAAACGAUGACAACACGGCCAUCGACUACGGUUACAGCCGGUCAAAGCAGAAGGACUUCAAAUACGAUCAGUUCCAAUCAUUUUUGGAAGCUUUGACUUCUGCUAAUAGUAAAUUUAAAGCGAUGUCGGUGACGACAGAACAACCAUUCGGGGAAGAACUUACCACUAACUCGUUCAACGACUUAGUCAUAACUGAAAUGCUACAGAUGGAGCACCCAAAAACAUUCAAUAAGACUAAAUGGCUGUAUCCCAGGGCUGAAUUGGCUAUUACUCUUCUUAAUACGUCAUAUAUUGUAAUUAAUUCAACGACAACAAUGUUACCGACACCAUAUACCACGCUGCCGAAUGUGACGACAACCAUGAGGCCGCCGACAAAGCCUACCACUACGGCGAUACCGACAACAGCAUAUACUACGACACAAAUGCCGAUCAGUACGACUACGCAAAGGCCGAAACCGAAUAAAUUUACAUGCACUUUAUGUGUUAUUAUCAUUGUAAAUGAAUAAAAUAUAAUAUGGGAAAUGUACACAAUGUAUCUAUGACAUAAUAAUGUUAUGCACCUACAACUAUUAUUAUAAAAAAAUAUUUUUUCUUUCAUUAUCUACUUGUUAUAAUAUAAUACCUAUUUUAGUA